AUGCCGAUAACGCGGUCAACAGGAAGAGGACGGAUCGAAACAAAACAGUCGCCGCCCUCAGAAACCACAGCUACAACACAGAGCAUGUGGACAGAAACAACUGCGAAUACCGUCAUGAGUCUGGUAGCCCCCACAACAGAAUCAUCGUGCGCAACAGCCAACACGCAAGCCACGACGAAACUCGCAGAGAAACCUGGGAACUCAAAAACAGAGGCCGUCAAACAGUAUAUAGUCAAACAGAAUGACGUGCCAACAAAACAGCGCGCCGGUACAGUCAAAACUGACCGGUCGCGAAACAGAAAAGAACAGAAGAUAGCCAAAGCUAGAGAAGAGCUCGCCCGCCGUCAGGUGGAAUUGGCAGCCGCCCGACUGGCCACGCUCGAAGCUGGAUCUGAUGACGAAAACAGCGAAUCAGAAUACAGUAAGUCAGAACUCGAUGAAAGAGUGGGCACGUGGUUGGAAACCCAACCCACAAAAACGGAAAAUCACGACCGACAUAAGGAAACACCGGCGGGAGCCUGCGACAAACAAGACUUCUCAGAUCUAACCGCAGCAAUAACACUCGCCGUCAAAGCCGCCCGCGAACCAAGAUACACAGAAUUGCCAUUCUUUAAUGGAAAUCACCAAGAUUGGCUAUCCUUUCGUGCAGCCUAUCACGAGACGAUGAAUUCAUUUACAAAAACAGAAAAUAUAAACAGACUCAGAAGGAACCUGAAAGGAAGGGCAAAGGAAGCCGUUGACGGAUUACUUAUAACGAACGCUGAUCCGUCCGACGUCAUAAGAAGUCUAGAAGCGCGAUUCGGAAGACCGGAAACGAUAGCCAUAACGGAGUUAGACACGCUACGAGCUCUGCCAAGACUAACAGAAACACCAAGAGACAUUUGUAUAUUCUCCAGUAAGGUGACCAACGCCGUAGCUNCAAAAACAGAGAACAGAACGUGGUAUCUACCUCACUUCGCCGUCGUGAACCCCCUGAAGCCGGAAAAACUCCGAGUCGUCCACGACGCCGCCGCCAGAACAAGAGGGGUAGCUUUAAAUGAUAUGCUGCUUAAGGGACCGGACCUACUCCAAUCACUACCAGGAGUGAUAAUGCGAUUUAGACAGCAUAAUAUAGCAGUAACAGCAGACAUCAAGGAGAUGUUCAUGCAAGUGAAAUUGAGACAUGAAGACAGAGACGCGCUCCGCUAUCUCUGGCGCAAAGAUCGCCGAGAUGACAAGCCCCCAGAAGAAUACAGAAUGACCUCGUUGAUCUUUGGUGCGUCAAGUUCUCCUUCCACAGCAAUAUAUGUAAAGAACUUGAACGCCCAGAAACAUGAAGCCACGCACCCGGAGGCGGCAGCCGCAAUACAGAACAAACACUACGUAGACGACUACUUGGACAGCUUUAAAACUUUAAAAGAUGCAGUACGCAUAACAACAGACGUUCGUCGAAUACACGAAAAAGCUCAUUUUGAAUUAAAACAGUGGAAGUCAAACUCGCCGAGCCUACUUGAAACCCUUGGUGAAAACGAAAAUGGAAAUCAAGUGGAACUGUACAAGCCUGAAGAAAAAACUGAACGAGUACUCGGGCUCAUAUGGAAAACAGAAAAGGACGUGCUUACCUUCGACCUCAAUCUGACAAGAAUACCUCCACCGCUCGUCGAAGGCAAGACGCCGACCAAGAGAGAAGCACUAAAAGUCGUAAUGUCGUUAUUCGAUCCGCUAGGCUUCGUGUCCCCAGUCACAAAUAGAGCAAAACAACUUCUGCAAGAAGUGUGGCGGCGAGGAACAUCAUGGGACGAUGAAAUAGAUAACGACCUGUCGACACACUGGCAGGCCUGGGUGAAGCAGCUGAGAAACCUGCACAAUAUAGCCAUCCCAAGAUGUUACUUAAACUACAGCGACACGACCACAUUACAGCUACACGUCUUCACCGACGCAAGUGAAUCCGCCUACGCUGCAGCACUAUACUGGCGAACGAUAAGUCCGAAUAAUAGAAUCGACGUGUCACUGAUUAUGAGCAAAGCAAAGGUAGCGCCCCUGAAACUCACUUCUAUACCGAGACUGGAACUACAAGCCGCCGCUCUCGGAGCACGCCUCGCUGAAGCUGUAAUAGCGGAACACGACAGAAAGCCGGAUUCGAAGACCUUCUGGACCGACAGUAAGACAGUAUUAACAUGGAUAAGAACGGGAUCACGCUCGUACAAACCAUACGUCGCCCACCGCCUGGCUGCUAUAGAAGAUAGUUCAACAGUAAACGAGUGGCGAUGGGUACCCACGAAGCAUAACGUGGCCGACGACGCAACUAGAGACGUGCCAAUAUCGUUCGACAACGAACACAGAUGGUUCAGAGGACCGGAAUUCCUACACCAGCAAGAAGAAUCCUGGCUUACGGAAUCAGCAACAGCAACAAUAGAACCGACAGGCGAAGAAAAGAUACAUCACACGAUCGCCGUCAACCUUAAAAACAGACUAACUGAAGGUUUACCAGACGUAUCCCGGUUCUCGAAUUGGGAAAGACUCCGAUACACCACAGCCAGAGUCCUACAGUUUAUACAACUUUGUAGGCGCAGAACAGAACAGGUACACCAUAGAAAAAACAAAAGAAACAAAGAAGCAGACCCCGCGUGGGUCGAACGUAAACAACGAACAAUGGUUUCGCCGAAAUCCUUUAAAACCAAAACGGAAGAUAGAAAAUACCAUCCGAUCUCAGCUGAGACAUUGAAAACGGCCGAGGAACUGCUUAUGCGCGCGACACAGGAAGAAAGCUUCGCUCAAGAAAUCAAGGACAUCCAACAACGAGGAGGCGUGAACCAGAAUAGCCGCCUCCACAAACUCAGUAUUGUAUAUGAGAACGGAUACCUACGAAUACGAAGCCGUAUCGAAGCAGCAGAACGAAUACCAACAGAAAUAAAGAGCCCGGUGAUCCUGGACGGAAACCACCUCGCAACUAAGUUGUGGAUAAAAUAUAUUCAUCACAGAUUACAUCAUGCUGGAGUCGAAGCUACAAUUAACGAGUGUCGUCAGCAAUACUGGAUAGUGCGUAUACGCCCAGUGACUCGCACCAUAGUGAACAAUUGCCUACAAUGCAGAAUGAAGACACAGAUACCGUCGUACCCGAGGACCGGAGAUCUACCACCGUGCCGUCUAGCCCAUCACAAAAGACCAUUCACUUUCACGGGAGUUGAUUACUUCGGUCCGCUAACAGUCACAGUCGGACGAACCAACCAAAAGCGAUACGUAGCAAUAUUCACUUGUCUAACAAUACGAGCCAUACAUCUUGAAAUAGCCGCAUCACUAAACACCCACUCUGCGGUAAUGGCGCUCCGAAGAAUGAUAGCACGACGAGGUUGUCCGACGCAGAUAUGGUCGGACAACGGCACCAACUUAAAAGGAGCAGACAGAGAACUACGCCGAGCCAUCGACGGUGCAACCGCAAAGGAAGCAGCGAACAGAACGAUCUCCUGGAGAUUCAUCCCACCCGGAGCACCGUUCAUGGGAGGUGCCUGGGAAAGGAUGGUGCGCUCGGUAAAGGUCGCGUUAACGGCAACACUCCAUGAGCGAAGUCCAACGGAGGAAGUGCUCUCGACGUUAUUAGCUGAAAUAGAAUAUACGGUAAACAGUCGGCCUUUGACUCACGUUUCGGUCAGCGUGGACGACCCCGAAGCCCUAACCCCGAACCACUUACUACUAGGCGGGCCGGGGCGAGUACCAACACCAGGGACAUUUGAUGAAAGAGACACAUUGACGCGAAACAGUUGGAGAGCGGCACAACGACUCGCUGAUCUGUUCUGGACGAGGUGGGUUAGAGAGUAUCUCCCCGAGCUGCAGCACCGGCGGGAGCCUCAUGGCCGAGGCAUCCCCAUGAAAAACGGAGAUUUAGUCCAGCUUGUGGACAAAAACUUGCCACGAAACACAUGGGUGCGAGGAAAAGUGAUCGCGACGUAUCCAGGACCCGACAACGUGGUGCGCACCGUAGAUAUCAGAACCAAAGGGGGAGUUCUACGGAGACCAAUACGAAAACUAGUGAUCCUGCCCAUAGAAGACGACCAUCCUGCACCGAGAAGAAAUGCGACGGACUCGCACGGCGGGAGUAAUGUGCAGGACGAAAUCGAUUUUAAAUAGUUUUAUCAAACAAAUAGAAUUAAUAUAGUUAAUAAGUAAUUAUGUAACAAAAAUGUAUAAUCUUAAAUUAUUUAAUAUGCAAUAUGUUAGUGUAUCAGAUCAGAGAAUGUGAAUAGACCAAUAGGAACAAUUCGUGGAGCGCUUUCACUACGGUAACAUACAGAUCAAGGGACCCUCCAAAAGUGGCGCGUCGAUAGCGCGUCGCGAGAUGGGGUACUGAAAUAAAUAUAAAAGGAUGGCCAUUUAUAGGCAAAAACAGUUCUCAGCGAAUCUCCGACAUAGAAACAUCAAGACAGAAACAGUUCUCAGCAGAUCAUCAAGACAGAAACAGUUCUCAGAAGCUCUCUGACAAAGAACCAUCAGCAA